AUGGGCACGGAACCUGUGAUCUGUAAAUUGGUCCGUAGCUUCCGUGGUUUGUCACGGAUCCUCCAGAUCGCCCGGAUCGCCAAAUCAAAACAGCAGUUCAACCAAAUCGAAACGAAAGAUUUGCACAAGAGCACCACGUCUGCCUCGUCAAACUUUACGCAGGUGAUGAACUUGGGCGGCGAUAUGUUGCCUCAGUACCGACAAGAAACCCCGAAAACGUCACCACAUAUUAUUCUACAUUAUUCAACUUUCAAAACCAUUUGGGACUGGUCGAUUCUGGCACUGACAUUCUACACUGCAUUUAUGGUUCCGUUCAAUAUUGCCUUCAAAAACAGGGAAUAUCCGGGUGGCGGCAUCGAUUCCGUGGCGCUAAUGGAUUCGAUUGUCGACGUCAUAUUUUUUGCUGAUAUUUUAUUAAAUUUCCACACAACAUUUGUUGGUCCGGGUGGCGAGGUUGUUAUCGACCCCUCCAUAAUUCGACAAAACUACUUCAAGUCUUGGUUCCUUAUUGAUCUCUUAUCCUCACUGAAAGUGGUACGGUUGCUGCGGCUGGGCAGAGUUGCUAGAAAACUUGACAAUUAUCUGGAAUACGGAGCUGCAACGCUACUACUCCUACUCUGCGCAUACGUUCUGGUUGCGCAUUGGUUGGCGUGCAUCUGGUUUAGUAUAGGAGACUACGAAGUCCGAUCAAAAGUAAACAAUCCGUUGCUACCAGAUGGGUGGCUAUUCCGGCUUGCAAAUGAUCUAAAGUCUCCUUACAAUAUUAACUUAUCGAAUGGAACACGAUUAGUUGGAGGACCAUCAAGGACAAGCUCCUAUAUUUCAUCGUUAUACUUCACCAUGAGCUGUAUGUCGACCGUUGGAUUUGGCAACAUCGCUAGCACCACGGAUAAUGAGAAAGUGUUUGGAGUGUGUAUGAUGAUCAUUUCCGCCUUACUUUACGCUGCAAUCUUCGGACAUAUGACUACAAUCAUCCAGCAGAUGACAUCCGCAACCGUAAGAUAUCACGACAUGAUCAGCAAUGUGCGAGAAUUCAUCAAGCUGCAAGAAGUUCCCAAAGAACUUGCAGAAAGGGUGAUGGACUACGUGGUUUCUACGUGGGCGAUGACCAAGGGUAUCGACACACAGAAGGUGCUUGGCUACUGUCCGAAAGAUAUGAAAGCGGACAUAUGUGUGCAUCUCAACCGGAAGGUGUUCAACGAACAUUCUUGCUUUAGACUUGCAUCAGAUGGAUGUUUGCGGUCGUUAGCGAUGUUUUUAGAGUCCAAUCACGCUGCUCCUGGAGAUCUUCUUUAUCACACAGGAGAAUCCGUCGAUGCGUUGUGGUUUGUUGUCAGUGGAUCAUUGGAGGUUAUUCAGGAUGAAGAAGUGGUAGCUAUUCUUGGCAAAGGAGAUGUAUUCGGAGAUGAAUUCUGGAAAAACAACGGUUCAACGGGGCAGUCUGCGGCCAACGUCAGAGCGCUUACGUACACUGAUUUGCAUAUGAUUAAGAAGGAUAAGCUGAUGGAGGUUUUGAAUUUCUACAAAGCAUUCGCGAACUCGUUUGCCAGGAACCUAGUUCUCACCUAUAAUUUGACACAUCGGUUAAAAUUCCGAAAGGUUGUUGACGUGAAACGCGAAAAGGAAUUGGAUGCUCGACGGAAAAAUGAGAAGCUAACACUUCCACCUGAUCACCCAGUUAGAAAGCUGCUUUUCCGCAUGAGAGAACGGCAUGGACCGAGGAUAUUCCCCAGUCCAAUGUUUGCAGACAUUGAGAAGGGUAUGAAAAAGCACCACACUGAGCAUAGCAUGAACCGAAUUUCGUCUGUGCACUCCAUGGUCGAUGAGACUUCCAAUCUGCUUUCAUCCAGCUAUCCUACUCGGUCACCACGCAACGGCAACAAAAACAAAAGACCGCCGUUAAUAAAACGACAGACCGUUGAUGAAGAUGCGCUUUCGCGAACGAGUUGGGAAGGAGGCAAUGGGGCUAAACCGAGGGAAAAGGACUGGAGCUCGCUCAGCAACAUUCGAUCCGAAAUGAGGUCGAAGUUUGACAUAAUCCAUGAUCGCCUUGCUGUUGUCGAUCAGAUCAGUUCACGUCUUCAAAAUCUUGAACGAUUGCUCAUCCAAAUGGGUCAUAUACAAGGAGGUCAAACUCCAUCUACUUUGCCAGUGGGUUCGCUUAUGGUAUUGAACGAAUCAGGCGGGAGUCAUCUGGACGCAGGACAUUGUGUGGCUCGGAGUGCAUCAUGGAAUCAAGACAACUGGCGACCUGUUCCACCACUAGACGAACUGAAGAACGUGGAAUGGAACAGCGAGGACAGCCCGUCUGGAGUCCCAUCAAUACAAGUGGAAGACGAUACGACAACUCGGGCAGUACAUAGGGCGCCUGACCGCAAACGGGUGUAA